AUGGAGCGAGCAUUUGAAAACGAUAACGUUUUCAAAAACGUUGUGCAAGAAAUAUGUAGAGAAUGCAUCGCUAGAAAUUUGGAGGUUGAAGAAUCAUUAGUCCAACAAGUAACAAAGUUAUUCGCUUUGGAUAUCGAUAUGGGAAUUUCAUCCGAGGGCGUGGUAAAGAGAGACACAUUGGAAUUAUUUGUAAAUCAUGUGGUUAGUAAAUUAGCUAUUCCAGAUGACGAAUCUCCGCAAAUGUCCACGUUAAAAAUGCAAUUGAAUUGCAAAGAAUUCUGCAAUACCAUAAGUGAGUCAAUAAAAAUGCAUAAUGAAUCAUUAAGUAAUUACUUAUAUCCUUUAACACGCGAAAUUAUAAAUGAGACUUUAAACGUAACAAAUAAUAAUAAAGAAUCUCUUGAACAAUUUCGAAGAAAAUUAGCCGUUCAUAUUUUGCUUGAAUCGCAAAUGGGUCAUCCAUCCCGCAUGGAUGUUUUUAAUGAAGGAUUAACAGCCUUGAGCAGCAUAGCAAGCUUGGCUGAUAUUGCUUCUUUCCUAGAAUCAGACGAAACUCAAAAAAUUCGUUAUAUACAUGAAUUGACCCACUUGGUGUCAGGAAUACGGUUAUUGAACAAGGAAUUUGGCAGAAGUUCUGGUUCGGGAAUCCUCGAUGUGCCUUCUGAGCUGGAUUCAGCGUUCGCAAAAUCUAAGACAUUACUCAAUAAUUCAUUAGGUGAACUUCAAGAUAUAUUGGACUCGCAUACAACGGCUAUUCUUUACUCUACUGAAAUAGAUGAUAGAAGACUAUUAGUAAAUUUUAGAGUGCAACCUAAUUUAUCUCUAACAGAUAUCGAAAACACGCGUGAUCGUCUUAUAUUGCAAAGGCAGUAUGAAAUAUUUCUGAAAAGAUUAAAAUUGCGCCUUGAACAAGUAGGUGAAAACAUACAAAAUAGCUUGCUUAAAUAUAAACAAAAUUUGUUGACUGCAAUACAAGUCGUGGAUAAGAAAAAUGCUUUAAUCAUUUCUACCGUAUAUCCUUUGUUUUACAAUAUAGCGUCCUCGUGGUUUGAUCUUCAAAAUCAAUUAUUUAUAAUUAUGGAAACUAAUGAAAUAUGUUUAAAAUUAAAAUCAGUUUCCAACCUGAUGGUUGCCAAAGUUCCAAUAAUGCAUGCAAUGCUAGGUGACAAACCUAUUUAUACACGAAAUGAGUGGUUGCAGAAAAUGCCAAAAGAAAAUAUAGAUUUAACAGAUUUCAAAUGUAUAUUAUUAAACUACGAUGAAGUGUCCCAAAAAGAAGAUUUUUAUUUAAAAUUUAAUGGAUUUUGUAUUUGGUAUCUGGUUCAUUGUCGGGGUGUUUUGAUUCCUGCAAACCCGGAACUGGGUGUGCUGGAACAUCGUUCAGAAUACUACGCUUUUAGUACCCGGCAAGCAAUUGAAGCAUUUGGUAGGACUCCCGACAGGUAUUUGUACAGCGCCUUAGAAGUAAUACGUGGUAAGCCAGAAUUGGUUGGUUUAUUCGAAAUACAAGAGCUUAUAUUGAACAUGAGUGACCAUGCACUGAGAUUAUGUCAAGAACUAGCUCCAAAACCAGAUCACAAAGAACUAAGAGACGUAGAAAUACAAACUGUGACUCAUCUAUACGAAACGAGGAUAGUUAAAUACAAAUGGAAUGUAUGGGAUAUGCGUCGGGAGGCGAUACAGCUGGCCAAUUUAAGCCGAGGAAAAUCGAAAUCUAUGCAAACGUUGAGAACAUAUUCGAAAGUAGGCGUAGCACUGCAAACGACUUUCUUAAAGAAUACUUCCAUGCAGACAACAAGAGAAAACUACACCAAUACACCGACGCCUCUCAAUUAUAAAUCUGGUUUGAGGGCCAAACGAGACCAAUUGAAUCUAAUGGUAGAUUGCACGAGACCAGUACAUGAGGACUACUACACGUGCACCAAGUACAACACGAUUUUAUUUGAUACUCCAUUUCCAGAAGAUAAAGAACCUGAGUGUACAAAUGAUGAUGGUAAUAAAUUUUGCCUCAAAGUUUGUCACGGCAAAAAUAAUCGUUUAACAAAUAGAAGAAAAUCAACCAAUUAA